AUGUACCAGGGAAUAAUGACAUCUAACCACGGAGCCCCGUCCUACGAGGCCGGGUACCUGCACAGUGCUCCGGGGACCUCUCCGGUGUAUGUCCCAACCACACGGGUGGUCACCCCGAUGCUGCCCGCGCUGCCUUACCUCCAGAGCGGGGCCUCGCAGCAGAGCAGCCCGGUGUCGGGUCACUCCGGCUGGGCUCAGACAGGAGCAGAGUCUGUGUCUUCGUACAGUCACUCCCCGGUGUCUUCUCGCUUCAGCUUCUCCACCAGCCCUCCUCUGCCGUCGGGCAUGUCCUGCGCCUCUGCCCGCGACACUGUCUCCUACUCCACCGGGAGAGAGCACUACGGAGCCCGCGCUCUCAGCGGCUCGUACCACAGCCCUUACCCCGCCUAUGUGAGCCCCAGUGUGGGGGCGACGUGGUCUGCCUCCCCCUUCGACAGCCCGGUGCUGCACGGCCUCCAGCCUGGAGGAACCCCGGGGACAGCGCGACAUCAUCCGAACAUAGAUCUCUUUGAUGACUUUGCUGAGGGCCGUGAGUGUGUGAACUGUGGGGCCAUGUCCACCCCCCUGUGGAGGCGCGAUGGAACGGGCCACUAUCUGUGCAACGCCUGCGGAUUGUACCACAAGAUGAACGGCAUCAACAGACCUCUGAUCAAACCUCAGCGCCGGCUGUCAGCCUCGAGAAGAGUGGGCUUAUGCUGUACCAACUGUCAUACCACCACCACCACACUGUGGCGCCGUAACGCAGAGGGAGAGCCUGUGUGCAACGCCUGCGGCCUCUACAUGAAACUUCAUGGGGUUCCUCGACCUCUGGCUAUGAAGAAAGAGGGAAUCCAGACUCGCAAACGGAAACCCAAAAGCGUGAAUAAAUCUGGGAACCCUGAGAGCAGCACAGCGACUCCGAGCAGUACUCCCCGCGUCGCACCGGCCUCUGAGGAGCGGCCCAUAAAGACAGAACCCGAUAGCCACCUCUACUCUCACCACAGCUCACAGAUUUCCGCUCUGCCGGCAUAUAUGUCCACACAAGGAGGUGCCAUGACUCUGAAGAUGUCUCCUGGGGGCCACAGUGGGACCAGCUCCAAGAACGAGCCCUGGAAUAAUCUAAUCCUGGCCUAG